AUGGCGUCCUCGUCAACUCCCACCACUCCCCUUCUCUACUCCUGCAUCGCGCACAAUACGACCAUCCUUUCAGAAUGCACCACAUCCGCCUCGUCCCAGACCUCGUCGCUGGCGUCCCUGAUCCUUCCGAAGAUUGACCACAACGAGUCGCAGAAGCUGACGUACACCCAUGGCCAACACCAAAUCCACUACAUCGCCGAAGCGCCCUCAGAGCACCCCGGAUCGCCCUCGGCCGGCGGCCUGACCUUUCUCGUUAUUGCCGACUCGGCCCUCGGCCGCCGGGUCCCCUUUGGCUUCCUGUUCGAGAUCCGCAAGCGCUUCUUCGAGCAGUUCCCGGAGAACAGCGACUUCAACGACAUGCCCAACUACGGCGCGGCGUCCUACAACUCGGAGCUCAAGGGCCUCAUGGUCGAGUACGGCACGACGACCGGCGGCCGCGACGAUGCGAUUGGCAAUGCUCAGCGCGAGAUUGACGAUGUUAGAGGCAUCAUGACCAAGAACAUUGAGAGCUUGCUGGAGCGAGGAGAACGCCUGGAUCUGCUCGUUGACAAGACGGACCGGCUGGGAGGCAGCUCGCGCGAGUUCCGAGUGCGCAGCCGAGGGCUGAAGCGCAAGAUGUGGUGGAAGAACAUCAAGCUGAUGGCUCUUCUGGCACUGGUUUUGCUCCUGAUCAUCAUGGCCAUUGUCAUUGGGAUCAAGAACUGA